CCAUGGAGCCAGUCUUUCGGACACUUUUACUACUUUUCCCCCUGUUUAUUUCUGGAUGGGCGCAGGAUUUUGGUGGCGGUACGCAGUUCGUGUGCACCUCCGUGCCCAAGGACGCAGACCUGUGCGCAGUGAGCAUGCAGAACAGCGCUCCCGCUGAGGACCUGAAGAGCACCGUGCUGCAGCUCCGGGAAACUGUACUGCAGCAGAAAGAGACCAUCAUCAGCCAAAAAGAGACCAUCCGAGAGCUCACCGGCAAACUGAGCCGCUGCGAGGGGGCGCCGGGACAGGACGAGGGACCCGGGCAGAAACCCGGGGCACGGAGAAAGGAGCAGGGCAAGAACACCAUGGGGGACGUGUCCCGCGCUCCCGGGGAGACCCUGGCACAACUUGGGCUCACUUUAGCCACCCUCAAACAGAGACUGGAGAACCUGGAGCAGUACAGUCGGAAUAACGGCUCCAUACAGGCCAACAGUCUGAAGGAUUUACUGCAGAAUAAAAUCGAUGACAUGGAGAAGCAGGUGCUGUCACGAGUCAACACGCUGGAGGAGAGCAAGGGGGGUCCGAGUAACGACACGGAGCAGAGGAACCGAGUAGAGUCCACCCUCACCACCCUGCACCACAGAGUCACUGACCUAGAGAAAGGUCCUAAAGGCACCAGAACUGGGGACAAGUUCCAGUUGACGUUCCCAUUACGUACCAACUACAUGUAUGCUAAAGUGAAGCGCAGUUUGCCAGAAAUGUUCGCCUUCAGUUUGUGCCUCUGGAUCAAAUCCAGCGCCUCACCCGGAGUGGGAACUCCUUUCUCCUACGCUGUGCCAGGCCAGGCCAACGAACUGGUGCUUAUCGAGUGGGGCAACAACCCCAUGGAAAUCCUCAUUAACGACAAGGUAGCAAAAUUACCUUUUCUGAUAAACGAUGGGAAAUGGCACCACAUCUGCAUCACAUGGACAACGCGUGACGGUCUUUGGGAAGCGUUUCAGGACGGUGUUCUGCGUGGCAGUGGAGAGAACUUAGCUCCAUAUCAUCCGAUCAAAGCCAACGGUGUGCUGGUCUUAGGCCAGGAGCAGGACACACUCGGCGGAGGGUUUGAUGCCACUCAGGCAUUUGUGGGGGAGCUGGCAAACUUCAAUAUCUGGGACAGAAAGCUGUCAUCUGGGGAGAUCUACAAUCUGGCAACCUGCAACAGCAGAGCACAAUCUGGCAACGUCUUGUCCUGGUCAGAAUUGAAUAUGGACGUUUACGGUGGAGCCACAAAGUGGACUUUUGAGCCCUGUCGUCAGCUCAACUGAACUGCUUAAAACACAGAAAAAAAAAACAAGAACAAAAACGCCGACCUGAGAUGCGUAUUUCCUAGCUUCUGUCUUUCUUGUCUUCAUUUUGACGUUAAUAUUAAAAGAAAAAAUAUUAAUAAGAAAUAUGACACAGAUUUCUAUGAAUUCUUACAUUUAAAACAAAGAAUGAAAAGAUUCUUUUUGUCUUAAAAGUUAGUUUUCUGUCGUUCAUUUCGGAAACCCUGCAGCCAGUGGUUUCUUUUCUGAACCUUUUGGACGAUUUUUACUUCGUUUGCUAGUCGCACUCUGCUUUUUUAACUGUGCUUUUUCUUGUUUUUCUUGAAUGAAAGCUGGACAGAUGCCUCUGCACCAUGGACAAUACAUGAAAGAUAAAAAAUGAGUAUGUGAUAACAGAGUUUAUUUGACAGGAUUUACCUCCAGAGUAUUCUUUUAUUUUGCACUGUGAAUUUAAAAGGACCUUAGCGUGGCACUAGGGUUAGUGGAAGGUUGUGAGUUUAAAUCCCAAAACCACCAAAACUUCAAUCCUCUGGUUGCAUCAACACUUCAGUUCUGUGCUUGGAUCAGAUUUUGUCUCAGUUAUAAAUCAAGGUAUUAGCAUUGACUGAAAGGGUAUGAGUUCACAUCUAAGACCUUCAACUGUUGGACCCUUGAGCAGCAUGGAUAAUUUUUGCUCUGUUUUGAAUUAAAUACGAUUCUGUUUCACUUGUAAAUUAAGGCGAAGUGAAGUUACCCAAAAGUCCCAUAACCACCACUGAGCCACUGGGGGGCCUAGUUUAGGGUGUAACUAUGGUUUUGUCUCACUUUGUAUGAGUUCAAUCCCUUAACCACAAUCCACAAUCCAUCAACUCUGUGCUUGAAUUAAAUUUGGUCCUGGUUGUAAAACAAGAAAUUAAAAUAGUCCAAAAAGUAUAAGUUCGGAUGAUACAUAGAUGAUACACACUUGUAAAUGGAGGUACAGAAAUCAACCAAAAUGCUGUGAGUUUAAGUCCCAUAACUGCAUAAAAGAGGCACCAUAAUUCCAUACCUACCAAAGAGUCACUUGUUGGUCCUAAGGCAAGACCACUAAGAGCACAAUUGAGCUCUACAGAUCAAAUCUUGAAUCAGAUUCUGUCUUAUUUAUUAGCUGAGCCAUAAAAAUUACCAGAAUGUUAUAAGUUCAAAUCCCAGAACUACCACAGUUGAAUUCUUGAGCGAGACUGUGAUACUGAUUUUGCCUUACAUUGAACGGCUGUCCGUUACAAUACCAGAACCACCAACAACCACUGCCCAACCAACUCCAGGCAGAAAUAAUUCUGCUCUUAUUUGGAUGGGAUUUGUUUUCACUUGUAAGUCCAGGCAUAGAGUUAAAGCCCCAGAACUACCACUGCUGGGCACUAGAGUAAGUCCUUUAGGGUUGUGAGUUCAAAACCCAGCACCAGGAUACAUGUAAGAUUAGAUGUCAGCUAAUAAUAUGAAUGUGUGUGUAAGUCUGCCCAGUAAAUAAAUGUAAUUGUAAAAUGGAUUUAAUUAGGCCUGCACGAUAAUUAUAAAAAUGAUAAUCACAAGGUUCUUAUUUAGAAUGAAAAGAGUUUUAUUAUUAUUGUUUUUUUUAUUACACACAGAGCCUUUACAGCAUUGUGCCCGUGAACGUUGUAUAGGUGAGAAAAUCAAGGCGUCUCAAAGUCAAAUUACAAAGUAAAUCUUUUAAAUAAAUAAUCAACCAUGCCACCACCAUCAUUCUAGCCUAUUAUCGAAUUGUCUCACCAUACAGCUGGUUUUGCUUAAAGGGUGGUGGCACAGCUGGCAAUGUGGGUGUCUUACAGCCACAUAGAUCCCGGGGAUUUUGCUCCAGACUGUCUGUGAGGAGUUUCAGACCUCCUCUGUUGAUGCAUUUGGCUUAUUUCAGGAAUUCCAGUUUCAUCCCACCUCCCAGAAACAUACAGAAGGUAGAUUGGCUGCUCUAAAAUUACCCCUAGGUUUGACUGACUGAGCAAGUGGAACAUGAAAAUAUAAUGAGUUAAUUGUGCAGCUCUGAAUCAGAUCAGUAAUGUUAAUAAAUAUUGUGAUGUUAUGAUUCUUUAAGGAUGUCGUUCUAAUUGCCAACAUGCUUACGAGCCUGAGUGCCUUGGGCUGGAGCACCCAUUCAGCUGCACACACACACGCACACACACUUUUCAUUUGCUUUAUCGUGGUGUGACUUUUACAGAAGAUUGUUGUUCUGGUUUAAAUGUGUAAAACAGAUCACAGUGUGUUUUGGCAGGUAUUUGUGCUCUGUAAUAGGAAUGUUAACCUGCGUAACCACAGCAUGAACGAUCAAGCGCUGCGUCCACAUCUGCUUUUUUUUCUUCUAUGGUUUGGGUCGGGUUUUUUCUACUGUAUUGUUAUAUGCUAAAAGCAUGGCACCACUGAGAGAUCUAAUUUUUCUAAUAAAAUUGUGAUAGAAAA